UAUAUAUAUACGCAUUUUAACCGCUUUAUUUAAAACACAUUAACUACACAAUAAUCCAAUUAUUGAAAACGUGUAGAGUUUCAUAAUCUGUACCAGAUAUUUCAAAUUGAUUAAUUGGCACACAAUAUAAGUCAUAGACUAAUAAAUAUAAAUUCUAUAAUAAUAAAAUUAAGCUUUCAAGAAUGGAAACACUGAUAAAUCCACUAGAAGCUGUACAACUUAUACCAAUCUUCAAUUGCAUAAACAUACUUAGUGAUUUUUUAUACAUUGAACAUUACCUUCAAGAAAUCGAUCAAAAUAAACAAAUACCAAUUGUUAAUGCACUUUAUCAAUAUUUGCAAGAUUAUCAAAAUAAUAAACUCAAGAAAGAUGAAUUAAUAAGAAACUUGCUAAAUGAAAAUGAUCUGUAUGGAGCAAAAGAAGACGAAGAGUUUGAUGUGACUUUUGUUAAUGUAAUGUUCGAAUACAUUAUUAGUUCUCUUGUAUUUGACAAAUAUGGUAAUAUUUAUGGUUUUUUGGGAGAAAUUUUUUGUGAAGCAGAAAAUUUACAGUUUCCAGAAGUAUUAAAUAUAAUAAAGCUGCAUCUUCAAAAUGCAUCUUUUGACAAUGAAUAUGGCAGUAGUUCGACACUCAGUGAUUUAUCAAUGGCAAGAAUAUACAAUGACAUAAUAUUACCUCUUUUUCCUGUACCAAAAGAUGAUAUUAGUUUAUUGUCUCUUGAUUACAUUUAUGCACAAGCUGGUUCAAUGUUUCUUCGAGCAGGUAGAAUAAAUUCUAACAAUUACAUAAAUUUAGGAAGCAAUUCUGCUUCUCUAACUAACGAUAAUUUAUUUAACGAAUACUUAAUAAUCGGACAUGUAAUUGAAAGUUUUCUGCUAACUGAUAACAAAAAUUUUAACAUCUCAAAAGCUUUUGCUCUUCCAGCUCUUACGUAUUAUAUUUUUAAUUAUAAAUAUUUAUUUACCUAUGAGAAUAUGGCAAAUUUAAUAUCCGAUUCAAUUUUCUGGCAGGCUGCUUAUGAACAUUUAUUUAAAUAUACAACUAAUGCUUUCAAUGAAAUUGAAAUUAAAUUAAAAAAUGACUACACAUUACAAAUGCAUAUGGCACUUUCUAGUUUUCAAAAUAGUGCUACAUUAGCAAAAAAAAAUUUGAAAAAAUAUUGCCCACAUUUAGAUGCAGAAGAGAUGAAUUUUAGACUUCCUCUUUAUAUAAAUUAUCCUAAAUCCUUCGAAUGUAUUAUUGGUGAGAAGCUACCUAAUCUACAAGAAUAUGCUGAGAAUAAAAUUAAUAAUAUUCUUGAAUUAUAUGAAAAAUAUAAUUUACAAUUAGUUCAAGAGGCCUUUUCGAAAUCUCUAAUACAUCAAAUUGAAAAUAGUAAAGUUAUUAUAAAAUUACUACUUCUUAACAAUACAGUUGAAAAUAAUGAUUUUGAUAAAUCAGAAUUAAUAUCGUUUGAUAUUUUGGAAUUUUUUUUUCCUAAUAACAUAAGUUUUAAUUAUUAUAUUUUAAAAUAUGAAGAUUACAGCGCGAUGUUAAUCAAUUACAUUGAUAAUGAUCAUUUUUUCACAAAAGAUAUUAGAUUACAAAUUGAAAAGUUAUUCAAUAUGGCGAUACCUAAAAUUUUAAAAAGAGUUGACGAAAACAUUACCGAAUUUUUUGACAACUAUGUAUGGGAUAAAAAAUCCCGACUUGAAGGUUAUUUAGUAAUGUUAAGUAAUAAUCAAGGAAAAUAUAAGCACAUAAAAAAUGAUUGGUGGAAAAACUUUGGUUUAUCAUUAGUGCCACAUUAUCAUUGUUUAUCAGAUAAAUUUGAAAUGAAUUACAAAGAUAUUUGUGCACCAAAUAAUAUAUCACUUUUUUACAAAUAUCCACUUGAUAUAUAUUCAAAAACAAUAGACAUUCAUUCACGAACUUUUCUAUCUUCAUUGGGUACAAAUAUCAUAUCAAUAUUUCUGAAAAAAGCAGGUAAUGAAGCAGUAGAUUCAAUUGUAAUUGAAGAACAAAAAUAUAGAUACUCAAUGAAAAAUGUGGUAAAUAGAGAUAAAAUAUUCCAGGAUAUUUCUUUACACUUAAAAGAUCCGGCAUUUCAGUUAACAUUUGCAACAAAAGACAUGAUAAGAAAACUUGAACAAAUAAUUAAUUCCUUAAGAAAUAAUAUUGAUUUCAGUUUUACGUUAGUUAUUAGUAGUUUUUCGAAGAUAUUAACUUUAAAAUCUCAUUUUUACAAAAGCAUAGGUUCAAUUGGAGAACAAAAUUCUCGUUUAAUUUUCAUAAAUACUAUAAAUAAUAAAAGUGAAAUGGGUUAUGGUUAUAAAUUUAUUUUUUUAUCUGACAAUAAAUGUGCAAAAUUGAGAACUGACUAUGAAUUUAAAAAUAAAAUAUUAAUUAAACAAAUUAUAAAAUUUGAAAUGGAAAUAUAUACGGUUUUAAAUAACGUAACUUUUAAACCUAAUUAUAUUGUGUAUAAAAAUGAUAAUAAUCAAUUUUGGAGAAAAUCCACUAACGUUUUAUUCACUGGUAUAUCAAUUCAAGAUGAUGAUUGUAAUGAAAAUUGUAUGGAUAUUAGAUAUUUGGAAAAUUUGGAAAAUAUUAAUAUUUGCCAAAGACGACGGAGGUUAUUAAACAAAUAUAACUACGAAGAAGAAGCGAUAAAUUUCAUUAAGAAAAAUACAAAAUUUUCAGAAGAACAGAUACGGAAUAUGCUUCGAAAAUACACAUUUCCAGAUAAUGCAACUCUAACUCUAUUUGUUAGAGAUUGGCUAAAAACCAAAUCUUUUCAUGAACCCAUUUGGAGUAAGGAAUAUAUAAUAAAUGAUUUUGAUCUCUUGGAAAAAUUAAGAUACGACUUACGUUUUGAGGAGCAUAAUACUAUAUCAGAAUAUGAAGCUGAAUUUAGAAUUAAUUCUCUUUACUCGAAAGCAGACAGACGUCAAAUUGAAAAUGAAGUAUCGUUAGAAAGUAUAGUUAAACAAUACAAUGAACAGAAAGCAAGUUUUGCAGUCACAUUUCAUGAUUACUAUGCAAUUCGAAAUUACGCUACAACAGGAUAUCAAAGAAUAACAAAGGGUACCCAUGAAGCAAAACUGAUGAAAAUGGCUUUAUAUAAAUUAGCAAUAAGACAAUCUGACGAUCCGGUUGACGAAUUUGAUUUAACAUUAUUUAUAGUCGAAUCUAAAUCGGUUGCAUUUCUUAGAACCACACCUCCUAAGAAUUAUAUAACUUUGCAAAAAUUUACAAAAGCUUCUCCUAGUAUGAAUUCUGCUAUAAGAUUUUCUGUCAAUCCAGCAGUUGGAUAUAUAAACAUUGUUUAUGAAAUCAUAUUUUCUGGACCAUAUUUAAGAGUGAAAAUAGAACAAUUUUACAACCAUAAAGAAGAGAAUGUAAUUUUAUUGCCUGGAAGUAAAUUUCGAAUUGAAUAUCAUGAAUUUGAGGAAAUUGAAGGUUUAGGCAAAGUUUUAAAAAUAAAACUUAAAUUUUUACAUUUUUAUGACAAGUGUGAAUGGUAUAAAAAUAUUAUGAAUAUAAUUUCACAAAUCAACUUCUAAACAAUAUAUAAUGAAUUUAAAAUUUUUUUAAAAUAACUUUUUUAACAUUUAAUUCAAAUAAAUAUUUAUUUUUAUAUAAAACAAAACGUUUAGUAUAGUUUAAUUAAUUUUUCAUACGAUGAAAGAAUUUGAUUGAGCUAAAGAAUCUUUUGGUUGUUUCAACUGAAAAUUUGUUUAACUGCAUACCAAUACAUUUAUUUGGUGAAUUUAAACAAUUUUUUUCUGAGUGUAUACUAAUUUUAAAUAUCUAAAAUUGAGUGAAAUAAAAUAAAUAAAAUUUUUAUUAAAUUUGUUUCCUUAUGGUAAAUUAUUAACAUUAUUCAUCUUAAAAUAAUACGAGCCUUCGCUUGAGACAAAAAAAACCAGAAAACGUCUAAUUAUAAUAAGCUGAUCAAAUGGAAAAAUACAAAAUAAUUUUUAUUGUAAUAAAUUUUAA